GCAUGUGCAUCCGCCUGCAAAGUCUCGUCCGUCACCGUGCUUUGCGUACAUAUCGCAAGCGAGUGCCGAGCAUUGCUCCGCUACCACCUCCACCAACACUCGAAAGCUCAUUAUUGUCCAAGACAUCACAUAUCUGACUCUGAGACAAGUAUGAAGAAAGGAGUUCUCUUCUGAUUCGUUUUAAACUCUCUGGUUUCUCAUACAAGGAGUUGCAAUUUAAAACGACUGGAGCUACAGAAUUAGAGAUCUAGAUUUCUUUUUACCUUCAAGAUGAGGAGCUCGGAAGAGAGGGUUGUUGCUGUGAUCAUGGUUGGUGGUCCGACAAAAGGUACUCGCUUUCGGCCUCUCUCUUUGAAUAUCGCCAAGCCGCUUUUCCCCUUGGCCGGACAGCCAAUGGUUCACCAUCCGAUUUCGGCUUGCAAAGCGAUCCCAAACUUGGCUCAUAUUUAUCUCAUUGGUUUCUAUGACGAGCGGGAAUUCGCAUUGUAUGUCUCCUCAAUCUCUAAUGAGCUGAAAGUCCCUGUAAGAUACUUGAAAGAAGACAAGCCACAUGGUUCAGCAGGUGGACUUUACAACUUCAGGGAUCUGAUCAUGGAAGACAGCCCUUCACAUAUAUUUUUGCUGAACUGUGAUGUUUGUUGCACUUUUCCACUUCCAGGCAUGCUUGCGGCUCAUAGGAGAUAUGGAGGGAUGGGAACAAUCUUAGUAAUCAAGGUUUCUGCUGAAUCAGCAAACCAGUUUGGGGAGUUGGUUGCUGAUCCCAUGACCAAUGAGUUGUUGCAUUACACAGAGAAACCUGAGACCUUUGUAAGUGAUCGAAUAAACUGUGGUGUAUACAUAUUCACACCAGAUAUUUUUACUGCCAUCCAGAACAUCUCCAUACAAAGAAGCGAUAGAGCUAAUCUGCGGCGUCUGUCCAGCUUUGAAGCUAUUCAGUCAGUAACAAAGACUCUUCCUACAGAUUUUGUAAGGUUGGAUCAAGACAUCCUAUCACCUCUUGCUGGGAAGAAGCAGCUAUACAUAUAUGAAACUAUGGACUUUUGGGAACAGAUCAAGACUCCAGGGAUGUCUUUGAAAUGUUCUGCCUUGUAUCUUUCACAAUUCCGACAUACCUCUCCUCAUCUUCUGGCAAGUGGAAAUGGCACCAAAAGUGCUACCAUUAUCGGCAAUGUUUAUAUUCAUCCAUCAGCAAAAGUUCAUCCAACUGCAAAGAUUGGUCCCAGUGUCUCAAUUUCUGCAAAUGCUCGCAUAGCAGCUGGGGCAAGAUUGAUCAAUUGCAUCAUCCUGGAUGAUGUUGAAAUCAAGGAAAAUGCAGUUGUUAUGCAUUCAAUUGUUGGGUGGAAGUCAUCUAUUGGUACAUGGUCACGUGUUCAGGGUGAAGGAAAUUGCAAUGCCAAACUUGGGAUUACCAUAUUAGGAGAAGCUGUGACUGUUGAAGAUGAAGUUGUAGUCGUUAACAGCAUUGUUCUCCCAAAUAAGACACUCAACGUCAGUGUACAAGAGGAGAUAAUUCUGUAAUAAGAGAAGAAAUUUGGUCCAUAGCAGUGUCUCCUUGCUACAAGCUGGAGCCUACCUUUUUAUUUUGUUCAUUAUGUUUAUUACUUUAAUCCUUGUAUAGUUGUUAAAGAACAAAGUUUUUACCCCACCUUAAAUGUUAUUUUUGAGUUCAAAGUAAUAAAAAUUUUCAUUUUCUUCUUUGGUC